AUGAAAGUAAAAUACUAAAAAAAUAAAAUAAAUAAAAUUUUUAAUUUAUAAAUUAUAUUUAAAAAUAAUAAAACAAAAUGUAGCAUAAAAUAAAAAUAAAUCAAAUAAAAGUAGACAAACAAAUUAAGAGUGUUUUUUUUGUUUUAAUUUAUUUUAAUAAAUAAAAAUAUCACAAACCAAAACAAAUAAACUAUUUUUACCGAAGAAUAAGUGUCAGAUUAGAGAUGUUAGUGCAAUUUGCUAAAGCAGAAGCUAAGCCUAAUAAACCUUCAUCACCAAUUUUAUUUUCUCUUUUUAAAUAUUUAAGAAAAAGUAAAUAAUAAAUUAAUUAGUUAGUUAGAAGGAUAAAAUGAAGAAAAAUAUGAAAUAACAAGAAAUGAAUUAAUUAAUGAUAACAAAAGAAAAAUUUGA